CGGGUGUUUUGGUUUGGAUUUUUUUUUCCGCGAAAGAAGUUUGCUUUGGCCACGCCUCAAGGCGGCCGCCUCCUCCUGCCCCCUCCUCCGCCCCUCCGCGCACACCUCUCGGUGCAGAUUGCAAAGAGCCUUCCGCCGCGAGAGCUGCGGCUUUUGCAAGAGCCAGGCUCGCCCACCUUGUAGAAGGAGCGCCCUGUGUCCCCUCGUACGCUCGGUGGCAAAGAGCCGCCCGCCCGAUCUGGACACCCCCUCGCCCAGACUGCAUGAUCUCCCGGGACCCUCUGGAGUUGCACGUUUCUGCACUGAGGAUCGCAGAUCCCCGUCGCUCCUAGGAUUUGCGGCGUUCUGGAUACUGGCGGCUUGCAAGCUCCGCUCGCCCGCCCCUGGGCAGACGCUCGCCCAAGCCACUGGAGUGUGCCGGUGACUGGCAGGCCAGCCCUUCGCCUCUCCAUGAGCCCGUGAGCCUGGGGGCAGGUGCCCGGCGAUGGCGCGGCCUGUGAGCGACAGGACCCCGGCCCCCCUGCUGCUGGGCGGCCCGGCCGGGGCCCCCCCUGGCGGGGGAGCGCUGCUUGGGCUGCGGAGCCUUCUGCAGGGGACCGGCAAGCCCAAAGAGCCAGCCAGCUGUGAGUUGGGGAUUCCUGGGCACAACUGCCCCAGGUCCGACCUCCGCACAGAAGCAGGGCCCUACCCUUCCCCGCCGCACAUUCCCGCGCCACGUGAGUCCUCCCCUCCCUCCUCCGCGCUUCGCGCACGCGCUGUCACGCGCGAGGGGGCGGGGCGGGGGAACGAUCUAAGCUUUGGUCAUGAAUUCAGCCUGACCUCUCGGGACACACCCAGCCCUGUGGACCCAGACACCGUGGAGGUGCUGAUGACCUUUGAACCCGACCCAGCAGAUCUUGCCCUGUCAAGCAUUCCUGGUCACGAGACUUUUGACCCUAGGAGACACCGUUUCUCAGAGGAAGAACUUAAGCCCCAGCCAAUCAUGAAGAAGGCAAGGAAAAUCCAGGUGCCAGAGGAACAGAAGGAUGAGAAGUAUUGGAGCCGGCGGUACAAGAACAACGAGGCAGCCAAGCGGUCCCGCGACGCCCGGCGGCUCAAGGAGAACCAGAUAUCAGUGCGGGCGGCCUUCCUGGAGAAGGAGAACGCCCUGCUGCGGCAGGAGGUGGUGGCCGUGCGCCAGGAGCUGUCCCACUACCGCGCGGUGCUGUCCCGAUACCAGGCCCAGCACGGGGCCCUGUGAGGCUGCCCCCACCCCCACCUGGCGGAGCUCUCUCCCGCCUCGCUCAGACUUGCGCCCUGACGCCCUGUUCUUUCCCUGCCCUGUGGCCCACGGGCCGGCCAGCUGGGUGCCCCAGGGACAUAAUGAUGCAGAUAAAUACAUUUAUAUUUUUAAGAAAAAGCGAGCCUCCCCCCUCCCUCGCGGGGGCGGGGAGGGUCCUCUGUGUGUGCCCCCGGCACGUCAGGGACCCCGUUCUCCCACCGCCUCCGUUAACACGAGCCUGAAUAAAUCUUGAGAACCCCAGA